CGAAAUAUUUCAUUUCGAAAUGUUUCAAGAAUAUUAAAAUAAGCGAUCGCUGCGCUAAUUCAGGGAAACACAGACCAUUGCAGUGCGUAGUUAUCAUUAUCUGUAUGAAUUUUUGGUCAGUGUUUCAUAGUUAGCUCUUAUCACUGCUAAGAACAUUUUGGUUAUUAAACAGGCACACUGGGAAACUGGUCCAUCGGGUGUUAUCAGGUUGCAUGGGAACGGUCCUAGCUAGAUCGGUCAAUUCAUCAACUGUUCCUCAUUCUGGUGUAGUUAUGGCAAAUCGUUGGUUGUUGAAAAGUGGCAUUGGGGAAGAUUAUCCGUAAUAAAAAGCACUCCAUAAUGCAGUACAACAUAUCCGACAAAACAAUCGACUCGAUCGGUCGAUCGUUGCAACACUUCGAUUGGACUGACUAUGUUGUGUUCGUGUUGAUGUUGGCGAGCUGCAUCAUGAUAGGAAUCUUCUUCGGCUACAGAAAUCAUCUGAAACGCAGACGCCGUGGACAAGCGUCCGGAAAUGAAACGGAAGCUCAGGAUUAUUUAGUCGGGGGCAGAAAGAUGCAAAUAUUCCCAGUUGCUGUUUCUUUGGUGGCCAGUUGGGUGUCGGGUGUUCCUAUGCUGGGAACUGUCACUGAGGUCUACGUGUACGGUACACAAUUCUGUUACAUCGUGUUUUCAAUGAUUCUGGCGGGUGUUCUAAUGCAUUAUCUUUUCUUACCGGUGUUCCACGAACUCCAAAUAACGUCCACAUAUGAGUAUCUCCAACGUCGCUUCGACUCAAGGAUGAGACUUUUUGGAUCCAUUUUAUUUACGUUGGCUUGCUUGCUGUGGAUGCCCAUCGUGAUCUACGUUCCCGCUUUAGCGUUCAACCAAGUAACUGGACUGAAUGUUCACAUCAUUACACCGAUCGUUUGCAUAAUUUGCAUGUUCUACACCAGCAUUGGUGGUCUGAAAGCAGUCGUUUGGACGGAUGUAAUUCAGUCGGGAGUGACGUUGUUAGCUUUGCUGGCAGUGUUGAUCAAAGGCGCGUAUGAUGUAGGAGGUCCAACAGAAGUUCUAAAACGAAAUGUGGUCGGCGAACGGCUAGAAGCGCCGAAUUUCGAUCCCAAUCCAACUUUACGCCAUUCUUUCUGGAUCAUGUUACUUGGAGCGCCGGUGUGGGUAUGCGAAGGAAUAGCUUGCAGUCAGGAUAUGGUUCAACGGUUCUUGUCUCUACCUACACUUAAAGAUGCUCGCAAAGCUUUGAGCUACUUUGUAGUUGGAUGGAUUAGUAUAAAUGUGAUAUUCUUCAUGAUCGGCAUGCUCGUGUACGCUACCUACUAUCAUUGUGAUCCUCUGACUACAGAGUUGGCAAAAGCAAAGGAUCAACUGUUACCACUUUUCGUGAUGGAAACGUUCGCAGCAUACCCGGGCAUGACUGGAGUAUUUGUGGCUGGUAUCUUUAGUGCGGCUCUUAGUUCACUGUCUUCGGCAUUGAACGCACUCUCCGCCAUCACCCUAGAAGACUUUUGCAAACCUUACUGCAAGAAGCCGCUUACAGAGAAGCAGAUUGGCUACAUCAUGCGAGGUUCGGUGUUGGUAUACGGAGCUUUGUCAGUAUUGUUAUCUUUGCUAGUAGAACAUCUGGGGACAGUGAUGCAAUUAGCAAUGACAUUAAGCUCUGGUUCUGCGGCGCCACUACUGGGAAUGUUCGUAAUGGGAAUUUUGAUGCCUUGGGUUAACGGAACUGGAGCUCUAUAUGGAGGCGUUACAGGACUGGCCACAAUGUUCUAUAUGUGUUAUAAGGCGCAAUACUCGAUCGCUUCGGGAAGCAGAACUUUCGACAUGAAGCCUGUAUCGGUGGAAGAGUGCCCAUAUUACACAAACGUAUCUGGUACAAAUCAGCCGCAAGAACUGGACGAAAUGGAUAAAUCAAUCUAUCAUAUCUCGUACAUGUAUUUCACACUUUUCGGAAUGAGUGUGACUUGUUUGGCUGGAACUGUAAUAAGUUUAUUUUCAAAACAAGGUGACCGAGGCCGUCGAGCCCCAAUAGAUCCGAAACUAUUAGCACCGUGCGUUAGAAAGUUCUUGUCCAAUUGAACAUCGUUAACAUUCUAAUAAGUACCGACGAAUAGCAAACAACCUGAGUAUAGUUAGACUAUCUCCCAAUGAUCGAAAUAAAUGGACAAUAGAAAAUAUUUAUGAACUGAGAAAUUUAUUCAAGACGAGAAAUACUUGUGAAAAAACACACUAACCCAUAUUACAUCAGUCAUUCGGAAAAA